GCCCCCGACGCCGCCAGCCCCCGAUCUGCUGCUCAUUUGCUGGCUGCUGCUUGCUAUGUCCUCUAAACUCCUCCAAACACCAAACUCUAUUAAUCUAGCAUAGGUAUCCGAUCGGAUUUCAUUCCACUCGUCUCUGCGCUUCUCGCUUUCGUUCUCUUCGUUCGGUCGCUGCGGGUGUCGACACGUUCGUCUGCUCGGUGGGCCCGCCUGCCCCUGCUGUCCUCUCAGCAUUUACUGCCUUACAGCUUUCUUCUCAGCAUUUACUGCCUUACGGCUUUCUUCUCCGUCGCCUUGCUUGCCUUACUCUCUCGCUCUGCUUCGUUCAGCUUCCUGUUGCUUCUGUUCGCAUGCCCUGCAGUUUGCGGGCUACCCUUCCAAUUCCACUUGCUGGCGAUAGCUAGCACCGCCAGGUCCGUACACCCGAGGGAGCAUGCUCUCCACCACCAACGCGCACUGGCACGUCGGAGCUGCCCGACGCAUACGGCUCUGGCUCCAGCCACGCUCCUGCCUCACCGCUCCUUUCCUCCGUUUCCUUCCCGCUCUCUCUCUCUCUCUCGUCUUGUCUUGAAGGAAAUCUGUGUGCUUCUGGAGAAAAGCGAGGCCUUUGCUCGUGGAGAGAUACCAGGAUGGGAUUUCCAAGAGGUAUGUACUGGAUGGCAACUCUAAGGUACAGGUUUAAUCGGACAAGCAUGAAUCUCUGCUAAACAGGUUGGGAAAAGAAGAUGCAGAUUCUUUUAUUCCUCGGGCUAUUAGGGACUUUAUACUUCCGGCUGGGUUUCCAGGCAUAUUUCAGGGUCGGUUUCAGAUGAUUACCUGGAGUACAUGCUAUGACAAUUACCAACAAAUGUAACAGGAUGGAUCUGUCACACGCUGGUUACAUCAACACUUCUGAAGGUAUCUUAUGACUUAAUCAAGUAUUUAACAAGUAUAGAUAAGUUCAUAAAUGAAUAAGGUAAAUACACAGGCAUCUCUCUUAGUUUAUUAUUUGAUAUAUGAUAUUGUCGACAUUGUUGCAAUUGCUCCGGGGAAAAAAUAAGGUAGAUGAUGGGAGCUUUGCCACGUCCUCCCAGAUAAAGAAGGGAACAGGACAAAUUACCCUGCUUCCAAAAUUCCUGUAUUUCCAACCAGUCUUUUCCAUUUGAUGAUGAUUACGAUCACUGUGAUCUGAGGGGCAAAAUUACAAGGAAGAAUGUAGCCUACUUUUGGUCUUAUUGACAUGGUGUACAAUUGAGCACUUCAGUUCUGCUCUUGAGUUUUUCAAAGCAUAUUCUUCAGUCAUAACCUUAUGUCAUAAUUUAUGAUUAGCUGAUUAUAGAUUGACAAGCUGUAGGUGUUGGGUCCUCUACAGGAACUUCGGCAGCUGCUUCUGCUGCUGCUAUAAGGUGGACGAUUUGACACUCUUUUUGAUGACGGCCCAAAGAAGUGGCGGAUGUAUGCCGAUUUCAUACGAAGUGCUGGGAGUCGAGCUGCUCCCAAGCGGCGUGUGCGCCCCACCCGCUAGUAGAAUUAAGGAAGAGGACGACGUCCAGACUCCAGAGGCAGCAGAGGCAUGAGGACGGCCGCCACAUGACAUGAACUCCAAAAUCGUCGCCAAUGCCGCGGCGGCCGUCCCCCGCUCCGCCAUGCCUCUCGACGCUUACAUGGUCAAGAUGGGCUUCGACGUCCCCACCUACCGACUCAACUUCUCCUUUCGCUCCCUCCUCUCCUCCGGCCACCUCCAUCGCGCCCGCGCCGUGUUUGACCAAAUGCCCCAAAAGAACAUCUCCUCCCUCAACCUCCUCCUCUCCGCCUAUUCCAGGUCUGGCGAUCUCUCCGCCGCUCAGAAUCUCUUCCUCUCCUCCCCUCAUCGCGACGUCGUCACAUGGACUAUCAUGAUGAGCGCGCAUGCUGCCGCCGACACAAGCUCCGAUGCCUUGUCGCUCUUCCGUGCCAUGCUCCAGGAGGGCGUCACUCUCGACCGUGUCGCCCUCUCCACCCUUCUUAACAUUCCCGGCUGCGCUGUCCCGUCACUCCAUCCCUUUGCCAUCAAGCUCGGCCUCCAUACCGAUGUUUUCGUCUGCAACACGCUGCUGGACGCCUACUGCAAGCACGACCUCCUUUCUGCAGCCCGGAGAGUCUUUCUCGAGAUGCCGGACAAGGACUCUGUCACGUACAACGCCAUGAUUAUGGGCUGCUCCAAGGAGGGGCUGCACGCCCAGGCGCUCCAGCUAUUUUCUGAUAUGCGCCAUGCCGGUCUUACCAGCACCCACUUCACCUUCUCCAGCAUUCUCGCAGUGGCAGCAGGUAUGGAUCGUCUCCUCCUUGGGCGUCAAUUUCACGCUCUCGUGGUUAGAUCCACAUCAAUGCUCAACGUCUUUGUUAACAACUCGUUGCUCGAUUUCUACUCCAAAUGCGGUUGCCUUGGCGACAUGAGGAGAUUGUUUGAUGAGAUGCCAGUGCGGGACAAUGUCUCCUAUAAUGUGGCUAUUGCAGCCUAUGCUUGGAACCAGUGCGCCACCACGGUGCUGCGGCUGUUCAGGGACAUGCAGAAGCUGGGUUUUGACAGGCAGAUAUUGCCUUAUGCUACUAUGCUAAGUUUAGCUGGUUCUCUUCCUCACGUGCAGAUCGGGAAGCAAAUACAUGCUCAGUUGCUCCUUCUGGGCCUUGCUUCUCAGGAUAUUUUGGGCAAUGCCCUGAUUGAUAUGUACUCAAAAUGUGGCAUGAUCGAUGCUGCAAAGAGUAACUUCUCUAAAAAAAGUGAAAAAUCUGCCAUUUCAUGGACUGCAAUGAUCACUGGGUAUGUGCAGAAUGGACUGCAUGAAGAAGCACUGCAGUUGUUCUCUGACAUGAGAAGAGCUGGUCUAAGGCCUGAUAGGGCAACGUUUUCAAGCAUAAUCAAGGCUUCCUCAAGCCUCACAAUGAUGGGGCUAGGAAGGCAAUUGCAUUCGUACCUCAUAAGGUCAGGCCAUAAGUCCAGCAUAUUCUGCGGGAGUGCGCUUGUUGACAUGUAUGCAAAGUGUGGCUCUUUGGACGAGGCACUACGAACAUUUGAUGAGAUGCCCGAGAGGAAUUCCAUCUCAUGGAAUGCUGUUAUUUCAGCCUACGCUCAAUAUGGACAGGCAAAGAAUGCCAUUACGAUGUUUGAAGGCAUGCUUCAUUGUGGUCUUAAUCCAGACCCAGUCACCUUCUUGAGUAUACUAGCAGCAUGCAGUCACAAUGGUCUUGCAGAUGAAUGCAUGAAGUACUUUCGCCUGAUGAAACACCACUAUAGCAUAUCACCCUGGAAGGAACACUAUUCUUGUGUUAUAGAUACGUUGGGUCGAGUAGGAUAUUUUUUUGAAGUUCAGAAAAUGUUGGUUGACAUGCCAUUCAAGGAUGAUCCAAUAAUAUGGACCUCCAUUCUUCACUCAUGUCGGAUUCAUGGAAACAAGGGUUUAGCUAGAGUGGCAGCUGAUAAACUGUUCAUUAUGGAACCGACAGAUGCAACACCCUAUGUUAUAAUGUCCAACAUAUAUGCCAAAGCUGGUCAGUGGGAAGAUGCUGCACAUGUGAAGAAGAUUAUGCGAGACAGAGGACUUAGGAAAGAUUCAGGUGUCAGUUGGGUUGAAAUCAAGCAAAAGAUAUACAGCUUUUCUUCAAAUGACCUAACCAGCCCAGUGAUUGAUGAGAUUAAAGGUGAGCUAGAGAGAUUGUACAAAGAGAUGGACAAACAAGGCUAUAAGCCCAACACGAGCUGUGUCUUGCAUCUGGUUGAUGACGACUUAAAGCUGGAGUCGUUAAAAUACCACAGUGAGAGAUUGGCCAUUGCAUUUGCUCUGAUUAACACCCCACCUGGGGCACCAAUCAGGAUCAUGAAGAAUCUGACUGCCUGCCUAGACUGCCAUGCUGUCAUCAAGAUGAUAUCAAAGAUUGUUAACAGAGAUAUUAUUGUAAGAGACUCACGCAGGUUCCACCAUUUCAAGGAUGGGGUUUGCUCCUGUGGAGACUACUGGUAGGAACUCAAGCUUCACAUGAUUACUUAACAAGGAAGUGAGAUUACCCAGGAACUGAAAAGGGGUUCUUAGUCAGAUGUAGAAUGCAGGUUGCAUCUGCUGAUGGAUGACAAAAGAUUGAUACAUACCUCAGGUACAGUCUAUGUACUUGUCUAAAGUGAGGACUUGCAAUUAGUGUAGUUCUGCUGUGCUUUUUGGGGUUGCAUAUUUGAAGUUUGCCAGAUUUUGCUUUAAGAAAACGUUCCCAGUAAUUAUUCUUGCAUAGGAGUACAUGUUGCUGGAUGUUUGUGUGAGGGCCAUUUUGCAAUAACAGCUAAGGGCAACUUACAAUCUGCAAGGCACAAGAGUUUCCCUCCUAGUAGAUUCUAUCAGCGUAAUUGGGGUACUCUGAAACUGAGUACCAUUGCUGCAGUUAAGGUUUUUGGGACAGGGAUGAUGCCUGAAUGAAUUAAUAAGAGCAAGUUCAAUAGUAUAGCCAACUGCUGGCUAUAAAUUGUCCAUAGCCAAGUUGAAUAGUCAAUUCAUACAAUAGUCAUAUACUACACAAUUAAUAUCUGGCCCUACUUGUCAUUGAUCUUGAAGUGCUAGAGAGCAUGCUCUCUGAUGCUUCCAUGGAGAAAAGAAGCAUGGUAGCACAUCUGUUUAAACAUCUGAGGACCUAUUCAGGCCCACUUUAUGCCAAUAAACUCAAGGAAGUAGUCGAUGGCUCUUUGAAAAAGGUACUGGAAGCGAUCAAAGUUGAAGUUCAGAAGCUCAAUAAUCCUGAAUUCCCCGAUGGACAAACUUCUCAUGUAUGAGUAAUAAGUCCUAUUCCAUAUAGCUUCCCACAAUUAAAACAGAUACCCACAUAAUUUCUCGAUUAAACUCACUCCAUAAUUUGCGAUAUAUACAACUCGGGCCUGAAAGAGCUGAGAGCUGAAGGUGCAAAACUACUAGAGAGCUUUAUUGAUCUCAGCCUGCAGACCUUACUAAGGACACAUACGCACAAAUGCUCUCGAGAGCCACUCCAUGGAAGCCAACGAUUUUGAUAGAGCUGUCGAGAGUGCCAACCUUACUAAGGACACAUACGCACAAAUGCUCAAGAUGAUACUAAGCGUGUGCAGAUCCCCUACUGCCGAUUUCCCAGGGACAAUGAGAGUAACAAUCAGUAAGAUGAACUGGCUGAUACGAAUUGACAGAGCCUACACUGGGCUAUUUAUGGAGCACGAAAUGGACGAGGCGCUGGAACAAGUGGCAGAGACGACAACAGCAGAGCUUGGGAGCUACCAGAUGUUCCAUGGCGGUUCUGGUGGUGUUGGCAAGCACGAUGAGUAAAGUAUUACUCAUGUUUUGUAUUACAGAAUGUGACAGAUCUCUUGUGUAAAGUAACAUCUUCCUUGGUGCUGCUUGCAGGCGAUUCAACUUAGUGAUAUUGUUUGCUGCAUCUGACGCUGUUAAGGAUCAUGGUAUACUGUUUGCGACCACAUGAUUCAGCUUAGUGAUUUCCACAUGACGCUGUUAAGGAUUCAGCUUAGCUAUUUAAUUUGCUUGAAUUGAACUGCAAGGUGCAAUGCAUGUUCCCCAGCAUUACUACUAUUAAAAGUAGCGGGAAAUUGCCUUCUU